UAUGGGCAUUCACACCUGUCUCCCAACAGCACCAUGAAAUCAGCGGGCAUCUUCCUCCUUGUGGGGCUCCUCACCCUCUGGAUGGUGCUGCCGUCUUGGUCUGGCACAAUCUUACCUGUGCAACAAGUCCCCGGAGUGAAACCUGGGACCUGCCCAGUGGUAUCUAUGAGGUGCAAGAUGCUCAAUCCCCCUAAUCGUUGUCAAUCAGACAGCCAGUGUGCUGGGGCAGAGAAGUGCUGUGAUACCGGCUGUGGAUUGGGCUGUGUUCUAACACAAAAAGCGAAACCUGGGACCUGUCCAUUGAUUGCGAGUACGUGUCGCAUGUUAAAUCCUCCUGAUAAGUGUAAAGAAGACCUUGACUGCACUGGCCCCAUGAAGUGCUGCAUGUCCGUCUGUGGGAAGGAGUGCCUUCAGCCCAACCAAGUUACAGCAAAACCUGGGACCUGUCCAUUGAUUGUGAGUAGGUGUCGCAUGAUAAACCCUCCUGAUAAGUGUAAGGAAGACCAUGACUGCACCGGCCCCAUGAAGUGCUGCAUGUCCUUCUGUGGAAAGGAGUGCCUUCAGCCCAACCAAGAGAAAUCUGGGACCUGCCCAGUGGUUCCUUUCAGGUGCAAGAUGCUCAAUCCCCCUAAUCGUUGUCAAUCAGACAGCCAGUGUGUUGGGGAAGAGAAGUGCUGUGACACCGGCUGUGGAUUGGGCUGUGUUCAGCAAGAGAAACCCGGGACUUGCCCAGUGGUUACUGUCCGGUGUCUUAUGAUAAAUCCUCCCAACCGUUGUAAUUCUGACCACCAAUGUCCAGGGCCAAAGAAAUGCUGUGAAACUAGCUGUGGGAGAGCUUGCAUCCUGCUUCAGAGAGCAUAACUUGCUUCACAAUAGAUCAAGGCAUCCCCAGGAACAGCACUGACACCAGUUCCCUGCAGCCUAACCUCACUGAAUUUCUCCUGGUCCAAAGCAGGAAAUCACUCCACAUAACUCCAGCUUACCUCUCUCUAUAAAACAUUGGAAAGAAUGCCGACUCUAGAUAUUUGAGUCAACACAGAAAAACAGAGACUCCCGUCACUUAAAUGAGAAGGUGAUAAAAGCAAUGAUGCAAUUCCGACAAGAGGGGAUUUUUAGCGAAGUUUCUUACCGGUCACCCUGCAGUCCAGCAUGAAGAUGAUAUACAGUUGCUCUAUUGAUCCAGUCUUGCAGAAAAGUUUACGAAGCAGCAUGACACACAGGUGCUGGAACUAGGGUGCUGCUGCAGCCCCUGGCUUGAAGUGGAUUCCAUUAUCUAUGGGGUUUACAGUUUGAUUCAAUGGCUCUCAGCAGCCCCACUAUAAAAAGCGUUCCAGCACCCCGGUAUGACAGUCCACUUAUCUUUACAAGGAGCAUCCUAUAUCAAAUCUGCAUCUUUAUCAUCCAACUCUAUCUGUGAGAAUAGGUUGAGAGGGAAAAGAAAAGGGAAUUCCAAGUAAUCCAACCCCACCACCAAAAUUACAACAGAACUUUUCCCUUUUUUGGUCAAGAAUGUUUAUGUACAAAAGUUUUUUGUAAUCUAAUACUGUCUGAACGCUCGCAUCUUCUUCCAAACAACUCUAGCUCCAGGCCAUUAACACCAGCCAUUGGGAGGGUAUAUUUAGGCACUUUCCACAUAUUUCUUGUACUGUCACUUGUUACCUCCCUGGGGAAAUUCCUUUGCAGGUUCAGACCCUGCCUAGGCACCAUAGAGAGACCAGGGUGAGCACAGUUCUGUGAUGACCUUGAGAUUUUGUAUCCAUGGUGCUAUUGUAAAUGUUCCUGAAAAGAAACUGGGUGUGGAUCUCAUUGGCUGAGGGCGGGGCCAUCUCUUCCAGUCCUGCUGCCAGAACUCAUUGCCAAUGAGGUUUAAUUAGUUCCACUUGGACACGAUACAAAUAAAGAAUUUCUUUCAUAUCUUA